AUGAAUUCAGAUGGCGAUCGUCUUUCUAACAUGAUGGAUGUUUCAGAAUUGUGGACGAAUGAAGAUCUCAAUUUUUUCAUCAAUAUUCAAACUCCGAUUCAUAAAAAAAAGGGAGAUUUGUUAUUUCCCGCAAGCCGGAGGAAUCAACUCCAUGAAGAAGAUCCAUCGACAGGACUCUCCAUGUCCCCUCUUCUACUACUUGAAAAGGAUGUAAGAGUAGGUGCUUCGCUCCAUUCGACACAAGACCAGAAAAAAGAUACAUCUCAACACAGUUCUAACAAGCUUUUGCCACAAUCAAGCACUACUAUUAUGAGUAGGAAUGAAAAACGGUUAACAAAGCCAACGUCACAACCAACACAUACGAGGUCGACCUUCUCACAAAAUAAUAUUCUUCAGAAUACCUUAGAUAAGUCCUCAAAAAAAGUUGAAGCUCGAGACAAGAAACAGAGAAAGGUAGUCAAUGAUGAAAACUUGUCCCCAAAUAUUAUUGUCACGGCUCAAAAAGACCAAAAACCUCUGUCCAAUAAUAUUAUUCCCAAAAAACAGGUACAAAUAAUUUCUCCAAUUCCAAAGCUGAGUCAACAUGAAAAGCAGCCUACCAUAAAACAGGCCACAAAUUUGGAUCCACCCCAUUCUCAAAACCAGCAAUUGAACGAUAAGAAAAACAAUCCCGAGAAUCCCCCACCUCUUCCUUCAUUACCUCCACAACAACUAAUUCUAAAAUUGUUUGAAGAAAAGCAAAAGAGAUUUCUUGCAAAAUUUAAAAGUGAUUCCCAUGCAUUGCUUGACUAUAUAUCUUCGGUGACGAUUGACCAAUAG